UCUCAUCUCAUCCCAUCUCACCGCACCGCCGCAACAGCACACACCCACAGAACCCAAGCUCGCCGGAGGGAGAAGCCGUCAACCACCAUGUCUGGCCGCGGCAAGGGAGGGAAGGGGCUGGGUAAGGGUGGCGCCAAGCGCCACCGGAAGGUGCUCCGUGACAACAUCCAGGGCAUCACGAAGCCGGCCAUCCGUCGCCUGGCUCGCCGUGGCGGCGUGAAGCGCAUCUCGGGGCUCAUCUACGAGGAGACCCGCGGCGUGCUCAAGAUCUUCCUCGAGAACGUCAUCCGCGACGCCGUCACCUACACCGAGCACGCCCGCCGCAAGACCGUCACCGCCAUGGACGUCGUCUACGCCCUCAAGCGACAGGGGCGAACCCUCUACGGAUUCGGCGGCUAGUCCGCGCCGCUCCGGUCGGAUCCACCUCGCGCCGUCGGAUUCGUAGCUAGCCAUGGUUGUUGUUCAGUCUUCAUUGUCUCCGGUGUAACGGAAUGGCCGCAUCUCGCUGCUGUCUGUUGUUUCGAUGUACUACUGCUAGCAUUAGCAUGGAAUGGAAAUCUCAGCGCUUUGUCCUUGAA